GGCAAAUUCCAAGUUAGCAGUGCCAGUGAUGCUGCAACAGGUGCUGAAGAGGUGGAAGAAGCUUGCCAUUGCACCCGGAAACAGCAGCAACAAGUUUCUGCACAAGACACAUGGUGUUCCCAAGGGAUUCCUCGCCGUACGCGUCGGGGAGGAGAUGAAGAGGUUUGUGAUCCCGACGACUUACUUGCACCACCACGCCGUCCGAGUUCUCCUCGGGGAGGCGGAGGAGGAGUUCGGGUUCCGGCAGGAAGGUGCGCUGAGGAUGCCCUGCGAGGUUGCCGCGUUCGAGAGGACACUGGAGGUGGUGCAGCAGCAGAAGAAGCAACGCUUCUGCUGGGGUUCCCCCUCUGGAUGUUGACUGAGGGUGUCUCCCUCAGAAGAUGAUGUUGCAGAUGAACAUUAAUCUUCAUAAGAUAGAAUAAGACUAGCUUUGAGAUGUAGUUAAUAAUCCGGAGAGUGUCGGAGAACUUUUGACAGUUGAUUUCUAGUUAACCUUUUUUGCUUGUUGGGUGUCGCGAGAGAUCGGCAUGAUCAAGAAGAAACAUGACCAAACCACAAUACAACAUAGAAAUGUAGAAGAUCAAAUCUAUCGACAAUACUUGCACAAGCUUUAUGAUGGAUGAUAAUUCCCACCAUAAACUCUUCAUACAAUGUAGACAUUGCAUAAACAUUUCAUGGAUCCUACCAUCCAUUAAGUCUGUCUAUAUGAUUGCCUUACGAUUAGUCUAUGCGCGCA